AUGUGGGUUUUGGCGUAGAUCCCCCUCUGAUCGAGAAUUUUGUUCACCCCCCCCCCCACUGUUGUCUUUAGGCUUCGGUUACAAUCUUUACAAUUAAUCCCGGCGAUCAGCAUUAGGGCAGAAAAGCGGGAGCCUCACUCGGGUGUUGCGCCGCCGCGUAACCCCGUGUCGUGUACCACAGAUACGGAGGGCAGGUCAAGCAGUCUGGGAUGAGGUCUCCUGAAGUACUCACCUGGAGCGGAUAUCGGAGGUCAUUCAACUUCAGCAUUCCAUCCGUGCAGUAAGACUGGGCUCCAGUCUUCAUCAUUUGCACUCGUGGAUACAUGCACUUACUACUAUCUGAACCUGAAAUACAGUUUCAUGUUAAAUUCGGGCAAUGGCCAGCAAAAGAAAAUCAACUGUUCCAUGUAUGGUAAGGGCAUCUGAACUGGAUGAAGAUAAUGACCCUGAAGAGGUCAAAGACACUGAUGAUGAAGUCAAAGAAAAUGGGUCUUUACACACUCUACCAGACAAUAGUACCUGGAAUUCAGGCAACCUUGACCAAAAUGAAGAGAUGAAUGCAAUGCUGGAAAAAAUAUCACAGGAUGGACAACAUCAGUGGAAGCCACAAGGCGGUUAUGAAUGUAAGUACUGCCCCUAUUCUACACAAGAUUUAAAUAAAUUUACUGAGCAUGUGGAUUCUAGCCAUCCCAACGUUAUUCUCAACCCACUUUACGUCUGUGCCGAAUGCAACUUCAGCACAAAGAAGUACGACACGUUAUCUCACCACAAUUUCAAAUCUCACCCCGGGGUGAACAACUUCAAAUUGAAGCUGAUCAAAAACAACAUCCAGACCAUUCUGGAACAGACCAUCGAGGGCUCAAAUAGUGCCAUCAACCUCAGCCCUGCCACUGUGAUCACAAGUGACGCUCCUUCAUCUGUACCUGUGAACAAAACUUCCACUAUGAAAACUGGAAAGCCCAAAAUGGAGACCAACCGAAUACCCCGGUGGGCCGAUGAUCUACAUAUUCCUAGGCCGCUGAUAAUUAAGGAUACUUUUCCAGCAUUUACCAUAAAUGGAACAGUGAUCAUACCAGAACCUACAGUGCAAGAGGGUCUGUCUCAUGUUAUGCCCUCUCUUCAGCGACCUCCCAACUACAGCUUGGUACCAAAAGUUGCUGUUCCUUUGAACACUUCUAAAUAUAAUCCACUGUUAGAUAUCAACACGACUCUUAUUACUGCAUUUAAUAAGUUCCCCUAUCCAACCCAAGCAGAACUCUCUUGGCUGACCGCAGCAUCAAAACAUCCUGAGGAACAAAUAAAAGUCUGGUUUACAGCCCAGCGCCUAAAGCAAGGCAUCAGUUGGUCACCAGAGGAAGUAGAAGAAGCCAGAAAGAAAAUGUUCAAUGGCACCAUCCAGCCAGUGCAGCCUGCUUUUGCCGUUUUGCCUAAUCAUUUGUCAUCGACAACUGAAACCCCACCAUCCCUAAUCCAAACCGUCCCUUGUCAGUUUCUAGGACAAACCAGUUUGGUGCUGACCCAGAUGGCGAAUGGGUCAACGAUGACUUGUUCUCCAAUCACAGUUACUGUAGCGAAUAACAUGCAGGCAACCAAGCGGCCUUUACCCACUCCAGUUGUGGACCAGCAAGUGAAACGGGCAAACGUUAUCGAAGUCGCGCAUUCACAAUCCUCAUCUUUGGAGUUUAACGGAUCUCAUUUGUUUUUGGAACGAAAGAAGUCAAAGGAACAACUUUCUGAACUUAGGAGAAGCUUUACAAAACAACAAUUUCCAGAAGAUAUGGAGGUCUAUCGAUUAAUUGAGGCCACCGGACUCUCAAGAGGUGAGAUUAAGAAGUGGUUUAGCGACCAACGCUACCGGACUCAAAAGGGUGUUAUAAAUCUGGCAAAUGACUCUUUAAUGAAAGACGUAAUUCACGACUUAAGCAAGGCUCAGAAUCCCAAUAUCGAAAUGUCGUUGAAAAACUGCAAGGGCAGUGGCCCAGAACCAGCCAAGAUGGUGGAGCGCACCUUACAUCAAACCUGCUUUCCGUCACAAGUUGAUACAGAUAACUUCUUAGGAGACCCCAGGGUUCCUAAAACAGAUGCUGAGGACAGGUUAUUAGAUAAACAAAAGGUUAGAACCUGUGUUGAAGAGGUCCUUUUGAACUCUGUGAAUGCUGAUAAAGAAAAAGCCCUUGACCAAGGAGCACACAACGGAAUACUAGGUCAUGGAGGACAGACUAAGGCAUCAGCACUUUCAGUGAUCAUCUCCACACUUAGUCAUGUCCCCAUUAGUAAAGCCUCUCAGGAACUUCUGAAAGGCGUCUUUGUACGAACUCAGUGGCCAUCGCCCGAGGAGUACGACCAGUUAGCACUUAAAACAGGAUUGUCUCGAACGGAUAUCGUUCGCUGGUUUAAAGACAAUCGGUCGGGACUCAAGUCUGGAACUUUGGAUUGGAUGGAACAAUAUCAGAAGAUGAAUGGUGAGAGGAAAAAUGGACAGAGUCCGACAACGGACAGCGCAAAAACUGUUACGCCGAUACUCCAUCAGCACUGCAGCAAGACGCUGGAGACGAGGGAGGAGGAUUUGAACAAAGUGGUCGACAAACCUUCAGAAGUGACACAACAAGAGACUUGUGAACUUUGACUCGUUUGUACAGAAGAUCUUCAAUUUGAAGAGAAAAAUGAUAAAAAGAUAUAUUUUCGUAUCUGGAAAUCAAUUAUUGCAUUUCAAUAAUAUAUAUAUAUAUAUAAAAAAAGGAGACUGCACAAGCAACUUUCCAGAGUGCCAUAAUUGUACUACUGCAUUUUAACAAAAAUUGACCUUGUAAAUAUUUUUCUGUAUUGUUUGGGGAAUUUUGUUAAAUUUCUAAUUGGUGCAAGUUACUACUCUUAACGUUACAUACAGUAUGUGCUGAUAGAUCUCCUAACAGUAUGUUUUACAAUUUUAGAACCACAACUACUAUGGCAGCAUACGUGUUCAGUGAUAUUCUCUGAUAACUUGAUUUCAGUCGUCGGUCCUCAGACACGCGUCGAGGAGACUUUAGUGGCUGUCCGUCGGAGUGCGGCACGUUGGUAUCCCGUCUUUUUUUUUGUGAUUUUUUUUUUCCUAGAAGUGCAAUAGGGGAGAUGAAGGGUGGGGGUGGGGGGAUGGGGGGGUGCUGUUUCGUACAGUAUUAUCCAUUUGAACCUUCAGCCUUAUAUACCAGUGUAACAAGCGGCUCUGUAGUGUUAGUCUGUUUGGUGCUCAGAGUUAACUUUCAAGGGGAAUAAUGACGCAUCAGUGCAUUUAGAGGAACAGUGCGGAUUUCAUAUUUUACAUACUUUGUAGCUUUGCAAUUCUGCAAUAGUGUCACAUUGGGGAGGUUUAUACACUAACAUUUUACUGAUGAAAGAUUUUUAACCCGUUGUCCAUCUGCUGUUAUUCAAUAAAAACACUACAUAUUCAAGCAAA